CUUUUCAGGGACACUCGGGAAAACAUUUUUAUUGGCUUGAUUUGAAGGGAAGGAGUUGGAAAGAUUUGAAGCAUGAAUCAAAAGUGGUCAGAUAGAAGUAUUCAUUCAGGUGCCAGCUGAUUAGAAAAGAAGCAUCAGCCAAUAUUGAAUUCUUUACAUGGCGAGCACAUGUGUUCUUGUUACAACCACCAUUUUCUAUUGGACUGCCUUCCUGGUUGGCUUCCUUAUCUUCAUUCCUCUCUUCCUGGUGCAGAAUGAGUAUGAUGUAGUGCUGAAUCCUACUGAUGGGCAGGAAAACCCAGGCUGCAUGUUGUUUGUCACUGUGAUACGCUAUGAGGAGAAGAAGCAAGUGGGCUCCAAUCGGAACAUCUGCCACACUGCUAUCUUCCUUCCAUUGGCUGCAAUUGGAAUCAGUGCCCUGCUUGGCUCCUACUUCACAUACAAGUCCUGUAAAGUUGUCACCAGUCUCAACAAAGAUAUCUCAUAUGGAACGAGUAUUUGGCCAUUCCUCCUUUUGAAUACAGUGGUGACCAUUGUAGUAGGGGUUUGUGCAGCCUUCACAAGUGCUGGCUUUGUUGAGACGUGUUCACAGAUCAGGAGGCAGAUCAUGGAAAAAGACCUCUCGCCCUAUGCACAAGAACAAGAAAGCUGUUUUGAACAUGUGCGUUUCACUACAAAUCGCAACCUGGAUCUCACUGCACUCAUCUAUGUAUCUGUGUUCAUGUAUUGGUGUGAAUUCCUCAUCUGGUUGGUGCUCGUGAUGCUACAAGUGGUGCGGCUUCGCCUAAGAGUACGCUGGAGACACCGCUCCCAUGAAAAAGAACUCUCACAAUUCACUCCACUUGAGGAAACCGUAAUGAAGGAGAGCUUCCUGUGAAUUCCACUUUCUUCCAUUGCCCCAUAUUUCAAUGGACCAAAGUCCUACGUGUUAGUGCUCCUCUGAAGAAUGUUACUAGUGAUGCUCAUAAGACCAAGCUAUUAAGGUCUGUAUCAACCAC